CUUCUUUCUGGUGAAGGUGGCCUCAACUAACUCCCUAAACAGGGUGCUCCAUUUACGGGGGGGGAAUUGCACAACACCUCCAUUAAUUUAGUCCCCGUGUCGUCUCUCUCGAUCUUGGUUCCAUCAACGUCCAACUACCAAACCAUCCUCUCCUUUAUUUCUCUCCUUCGCGCCUUAGGUUCUCGGAAUCCUGCAGCGAUUCCUUUGUCACGCCUCCUUCUCCAGGUUUAAUUCUUCAACAAUGUCUUCUCCUCGCCCUUCUUCUCCCGUCAACGGCGGCGCUGCUGCCAGCGGUGCUAACAUCGGCCGUCCCUCAUCCCCUGCUAUUCCUGGUGGUCCCCGUACUGCUAUCCGACGACGCGCUGCUGCCGACCAGAAGGAGAAGAUUGCCAAUGCUCGACCAAGCAGCACUCGCGCCGCUGGCGCCGGUGGUUCCAGCAGCACCAUGCUGCGACUUUACACCGAUGAGUCUCCCGGUCUGAAGGUCGACCCCGUUGUCGUUCUCGUUCUGUCCCUUGUCUUCAUCUUCAGCGUCGUUGCUCUUCACAUUAUCGCCAAGAUUACCCGAAAGUUCUCCAGCUAAAUUGCGUGACGAAGAAGGGGAAACUCAAAGAGAAGGGGGGAUGCUUUUUUAUGGAGUAGGACCUCUCACAGACGAGAGGAUGCGCCAUCUGCAAUGGGGUUAAUACGGCCACACUGGAAAUUUUGUUUGUUGUAUUGCGGUUUAUGAGGGGAGCCUUUGUAUUAUAUCUCGGGAAAAUGGGUCCGAACCGACAUUCUGGACUUUGACUGUUUUGACGCAAAAGAAUGAGACCUAUGCUGAGUGUAUGUAAUGUAUGCUGAACAUUUGGCAUGGCUUGCCGUCUCGUUCAAAUUAUAGAAUCUAAGCCGGGGGCUACAUCGUCGACAAUUCUGUAGCUGUCAUUGCAUUUGCUGAAGGGCUAAACGCUCUUUU